GCAAUCAUCCCUGGCGACACAACUGGUUGUGUAUAUAUGUAUGUAUAUGUCUAUAUUACAUACCUAUAUAAUAUUGCCAGCUCUGCACGUGAAAUCCGAAGGCGGCGAAAGUAAUCUGUGAUCAAAUCAAAAAUGUCCAAGGCCAAGGGUAAAAAGAAGGAUCGUUUCGAUGACGACGAUGAGCAGUUGGAGAAAGUACAGGAGAAGAAACCGCCGACGAACAAGAAGGGCGGAAAGAAGGGCAAGCGUGGCGGCGAUUCCAGCGACGAGGAUGUCAUUCCCAAAAACCGGGACAACGAGGAUCUGGAGAGUAUAGCCUCCUCAAAUCAGAGCAAACAGCAGACGGCUGGCAAAAAGCAAGCUAAGAAGGGCAAAAAGGGAAAGAAAAACGACGACUGGAGCGACGAGGAUGAAAAGCCAGUAAAGGGUCGGCCCGCCAAUGACCAGGAUGAUGAGGAUGACGACGAGACGCCUCCUCCAUCCAAACCAGCUGCCAAAAAGCCACCGCCCAGCAAGAAAAACAAGAAGAACAAAAAGAAGAACGACGAUUUCUCCGACGAUGAGGAACCCGAAUUAGACUUGGAGGAGCUGGAAGAUGAGGAAGAGGUGGUUGUUGUGGCCGCUAAACCCGCAUCCAAGAAGUCGAAAAAGAAGCAGCAGGCUCAGCAGAAGAACAAAUUCGCUAUGAGCGAUGAUGAUGAUGACGUCGCUGAAGAUCUCCAAGAUGACGACGACGAGGAGGAGGAACAGCUGUCCGUCAAGCCGGCGGCUAAGAAGUCAAAGAAGAAGCAGCAGAAAGAGAAACUGCCAGCCACCGAGGACGAAGAAGAGCCCGAGGAUGAGGAUGAACAACCCGAGAAGGAAGUGGAGGAGAAAAAGGCAGAACAAGUCCUUAGCGAAAAAGUCGCUGCAGUGAGUCUCAAGGAAAAGACUCCCGAACCUAUAGCGGAACCCGUACCCGAACCAGAACCUGAAGUCGAGGACGAACCAGAAACUGAGGCGGAACCCAAGUCCGAGGACAGUAAAGAAACUAAGGAGAAGAAACUCACCCACAAGGAGAAGAAGAAGCAAAAGAAACAACAGGAGUACGAACGCCAAAUGGAGUUGAUGACCAAGAAGGGCGGUGCCGGACACUCUGAUUUAGACAACAAUUUCACCAUGUCCCAGGUGCAGAAAAGUGCUGGUCAACAAGCAGCUCUGGAGCAUGCCGUAGACAUCAAGAUCGAGAAUUUCACCAUCUCAGCCAAGGGCAACGAUCUGUUUGUGAAUGCUAAUCUAUUGAUUGCCCAUGGACGUCGUUAUGGCUUAGUUGGUCCCAAUGGACACGGCAAGACCACACUUCUCCGGCACAUUGCCACCCGUGCCUUUGCCAUACCUCCAAAUAUCGAUGUUCUGCUUUGCGAACAGGAAGUAGUGGCCACCGACAAAACGGCCAUCGAUACGAUUUUAGAAGCUGAUGUCCGACGCACAGAGAUGCUUAAAAAGGCAGAUGAUCUGGAGAAACAGUUUGCCGCUGGCGAUUUGAGUGUUCAGGAGGAGCUAAACGAUACCUUUACGGAGCUGAAAGCUAUUGGAGCUUAUUCGGCAGAAGCCAGGGCAAGGAGAAUCCUGGCCGGUUUGGGUUUCAGCAAGGAAAUGCAGGACAGGCCAACUAACAAGUUCUCUGGUGGCUGGCGCAUGAGAGUGUCUCUGGCUCGUGCUCUCUAUCUGGAGCCCACGCUGCUCAUGCUUGACGAGCCUACCAAUCACUUGGAUCUUAAUGCUGUGAUUUGGCUGGAUAACUAUCUGCAGGGCUGGAAGAAGACCCUGUUGAUCGUGUCCCACGACCAGAGUUUCUUGGACAAUGUGUGCAAUGAGAUUAUUCAUUUGGACCAAAAGAAGUUGCAAUACUACAAGGGCAACUACUCCAUGUUCAAGAAGAUGUAUGUGCAGAAGCGCCGUGAAAUGAUCAAGGAGUACGAGAAGCAAGAGAAACGCCUGCGGGAGCUAAAGGCUCAUGGCCAGUCGAAGAAGGCGGCGGAGAAGAAGCAAAAGGAGUCGCUCACUCGCAAACAGGAGAAGAACAAGUCCAAGCAGCAGAAACAGGACGAAGAUGAGGGACCACAGGAACUGCUGGCCAGGCCCAAGGAAUAUAUCGUUAAGUUCCGCUUCCCGGAGCCAUCGCAACUUCAGCCACCCAUUUUGGGUGUCCAUAACGUAACCUUUGCCUUUGCUGGCCAAAAGCCGCUGUUCAUCAAGGCUGACUUUGGUAUUGAUCUUACCAGUCGAGUUGCCAUCGUGGGACCCAAUGGUGUGGGCAAAUCUACUUUCCUGAAGCUGCUGCUCGGCGAACUGGAACCGCAGGAGGGCGAGCAACGCAAGAAUCAUCGCCUCCACGUAGGUCGAUUCGAUCAGCACUCCGGUGAGCAUCUCACGGCAGAGGAAUCGGCCGCAGAGUAUCUGCAGCGUCUGUUCAAUUUGCCGCAUGAAAAGGCGCGCAAGGCAUUGGGUUCCUUUGGUCUGGUCAGUCAUGCCCAUACCAUUAAAAUGAAGGAUCUGUCCGGUGGUCAGAAGGCGCGUGUGGCCCUAGCCGAGCUUUGUCUUAGUGCACCCGAUGUCCUGAUUCUCGAUGAACCUACCAAUAACCUGGAUAUCGAGAGUAUCGAUGCCUUGGCGGAGGCCAUUAAUGAAUAUGAAGGUGGCGUGAUUAUCGUUUCCCACGACGAGCGUUUGAUCCGUGAAACGGGCUGCACUCUGUAUGUGAUUGAGGAUCAGUCGAUUAACGAGAUCGACGGAGAGUUCGAUGAUUACAGGAAGGAGGUACUCGACUCACUGGGCGAGGUGGUCAACAAUCCUAGCGUGGUAGCUAAUGCGGCUGUGCUGCAAUAACCCUCAGGGACUUGGAGUCCUUGCCACUGGUCAUCAUCUCGUCAGCCGGCUCGCCCUAUGUUAAUUGUUCAAAUGUUGAAUGGUUUAUCCGCUAGUUAGCCUUUUUAUACCAACAUAUACACUAAAGAAUAACAAAUUGUGAAAGUAAGAGUUAUCACA